AUGGACUUCUGUCAUUGUAUCUCCAAAUUGUUGCAAACUUUAACCCACGUCCCAGUUCUUCAAAUUGGAUCAGAUGUGUUUGUUGAUACCGCAUUGAUUAUUGAAGAAUUAGAACGAAGAAAUGGAUCUGAUAAAAGCGAUAGAGGACUCGGUUUAUCCAUGGCAUGGCUUUGUGGACAGACCGCUACUUUUUUAUGGCUUCGAUCAGUUCAUCAUUGCAAAGAACCUUCAACUCCAAAAUUUUUUAGUUCGAAAGAAUUAUUGGAAGAUCGAUCUUCAUUAAUUGGAUCACCAAUUAACCAGAAGAACUCAUAUUUAAUUGAUCAGAUUAGAUCAAAUCUUGAAUGGAUCGAAUUACAAUUAUCGGGUGACAGAGAAUGGUUUUUUGAUACACCUUAUCCUAGCAUAGCAGACACUCAUGUAGCAAUGAAUGUUUGGUUUUUAGAUUUUAUUAAAGGAGCAAAUGAAAUAACAAAACCGGAUUUAUAUCCAAAAACUUAUUCUUGGUUAGAUAGAUUUUUAAAAUAUAUUAAAAUCGAAUGGAUUUAA